AUGGCGUCCCUCGACGUGGAGUCCCUGUUUACCAACGUCCCCGUCGAUGAAACAAUAGGGAUCAUUUUGGAAAAGGUCUACAGGAACCCUGACAAGCAACCUCCGAACAUCUCGGAAGAAUCGCUUAAGACACUCCUCGACAUCUGUACGAAGAGAGCCCCCUUCACCACCCACAGAGGACAGAUGUUUCGUCAGAAAGACGGCGUGGCAAUGGGGUCCCCCUUGGGCGUCCUCUUUGCCAACUUUUACAUGGCUGACUCCGAGGAAGAGGUUGAAGCCCUUCGCCAGCAGUUCCUGCGCAACAGCGCCCUUUAUUUCACAAUUGAAUUUAGCAGCGAAGAUCGGCUCCCCUUCCUCGACGUCCUAAUUACGAAGACUACCCCGAAGAUGACCACCACUGUCUACACCAAAUCCACUAACUUGGGACUUUGCUUAAAUGGAGAGAGUGAGUGUCCUGCGAGGUUCAAAACCACCACCGUCAGGGCCUUCGUGAGAAGGGCCCUAACGCACUGUUCCGCGUGGCAGGACACCCACGCAGAACUGGACCGAGCCUCACAAAUGAUGAUUAACAACGGCUACUCCAACAAGCUGAUCAACAGGGAGAUCAGAACAGUCUUAAACAAAUGGAGAAAGCCAUUUGGAGAAGUUUUGCAGUCGUCUGUCGUCAUGAAGAAGCCUUCGCCAGUAGCCUUUCCAGGAACGGACAUCCCCAAAGAGCCUGGAACACGCGUCCUGGAGAAGGGCUCGCCCUGA